AUGCCGGACACCUUGACACGUUUGGUAGUCGCUGCGGUUGCAGCCUUGGCCCUGGUGGCGGUCCUCACUGCACCCACACACGCUGCUCCCUUCCGGGAGUAUUCACCGUACACAGAGGAGGAGCUGACGCGGCGGUUCAUCGAGUCGGAGGCGUAUGCACAUACCGACGGUAACGCACAUCCGCACACGCUUGCGCUGCACUCGCACUUGGUGGAUCUGGAGACGACGCCUGACGUGGUUGGCGUGCGGCGGAGCGAUGGAGCCGGGCACCAGCUGGCGGCAUCGGUCCGUGCAUGGGUGGAUCCGUCGGUCAAGGCUGGGCUCUCGCAGGAGCGGUCGCUUCAUGUGGUGCAUGUUAGUGGGCGGCUGGACGACGAUGCUAAGGCUAAGCUUGUGGGCGAGAUGGCGGCGCUAGGCGUGAGCCUGGGGUCGUACCUCCCGCAUCACUCGUACCUUGUGUUCUGCUCGGGCCGCGAAGCACUGGAAAUCCAGGGCCUGCCAGUUGUCCGGUGGGUUGGCCCGUUUCUUCCCGAGUACAAGGUCCACGCCGAGGUGGCGACCUUUGUCUCGCUGCCGGGCGAUGUUCAGACGACGCUGUCGGCGAGCAAGGCGCCGGCGGAGAUGCCGCGGGGCGGGUACUCGAAGCACAUGCACGGGAGCAAGCUGUUUGUGCUACUUGCCGAAGGCGCACCCGAGGCUGCGAGCUCGACGGCGGCGGGCGACUAUGCGGCGGCAGUGGAGGCGCGGCUGGAGGCUGCUGGCUUCCGCGGGGUGAACGUUGCUGCAGCGUCGCCGUCCAAGCUUGUGGUCACUUUGCAGUCGUUUGUGGAGCAGGGCCUUGUGCAGGCGCUGGCGCGCGAUGCGGCGGUGCAACACAUUGAGUUUGCGCCUGUUUUCGCGCUGCGGAACAAGUUUGCGCGCGGCAUCACCCAGUCUGGGACGGCCGGGCAGACGCCAAUCACGGCAGCCGGGCUCGACGGGGCCGGGGAGGUUGUGGGAGUGGCGGACUCAGGCCUUGACUAUGACAACUGCAUGUUCUACGACAGCAGCGUGUCGCAGCCCGGGCCGAGCCACCGCAAGAUCAUUGCGUACGAGGUUGCGCCGGGCAAUGACAUGACCGAUGAUGUCAACGGGCACGGGACGCACGUGGUCGGGUCUGUGGCCGGGGCGACGGCGUCUUCGUCGUCGCCGGUAGCCGAUUGGGCCGGACAGGCGCCAGCUGCCAAGGUCUACUUUACGGACAUCGGCGAGACCGGCGGCGGGCUGGCGGUGCCGGGCGAUCUCAACACGGGCCUCUUUCCCAACCCAUACGCGUCGGGAGCACGGAUUCACUCCAACUCGUGGGGCUCGUCGUCGCCGUCGUACACCUCGUCUGCGGCCGAGGUUGACCGGUUCAUGAACACCAACCAGGACAUGCUCGUUCUUGUGGCGGGUGGCAACGAUGGCGGCUCGCCCGAGUCGAUCACGUCGAACGUGGGCUCGCCGGCCACGUCCAAGUCGUGCCUUGCGGUGGGCGCGUCGCAGACGUCAAACGAUGGCUUUGUGGACGCGCUCAACUACUACGACUGGGACGAGCGCGAUGCUGUGGCGCGCGAUGCCGGCAUCUCAGACUGCUGCACGGCCAACAAGGCUGCGCAGGAGUACUGCUGCCGGUCAAAAAUUGAGUCGUCGAUCCGCAACUCGCCUUCACGGUGGGACAAGGUCAACGUGGCGCCGUUCUCGUCGCGCGGGCCAACGACCGACGGCCGGCUCAAGCCAGACCUCAUGGCGCCCGGGCAGGACAUUGUGUCGGCGCACUCUGACGGCGGCGGAAACUCGGCCGAGCACUGCGCCACCGGCUCGCCGUCGGGCGCCAACCAGGCGGCGCUGUUGUCGAUGGCCGGCACGUCGAUGGCAUGCCCGACCAUGGCCGGCCUCGCCGCGCUCGUCCGCCAGUACUACCUCAGCGGCUACUACCCGUCCGGCAGCGCUAGCGCCAGCGCCCAACUCAUGCCAUCGGCGGCGCUAGUCAAGGCCACGCUUAUCAACUCUGCUGUGCCGCUCACCGGCGAGAUCGACGUUGGCAACAACGGGACGUACGUCCGGCUCACGUCGAUUCCGUCCAUUUUCCAGGGCUUUGGCCGGGUCCAGCUCGACAAUGCGCUCAAGUUUGCGUCGUCGAGCCACGCGCUGUACGUCGACGACUCGAUGCAAGUCUCAACCGACGCCACUGUCAACUACUGCAUCUCGGGCGUGACAAACGCGCAGUCGCUCAAGGCAACGCUGGUGUGGUCGGACGUGCCGGGCUCGCCGUCGUCGUCGAUCGCGCUCGUCAACGACCUCAACCUCUACAUGGGCACCGACGAGAAGACGCAGACCGGAAAUUGGGUGACCAAGCGCGACACCCGCAACACAGUGGAGCAAGCCGUGCUGGCACCGUCGUCGAUUAUCUCGGGCACCACGUACAAGGUUCAGGUCAAGGGCUGGAAUGUCCCGUCGGGCCCGCAGAACUACGCCCUCGUCAUCACCGGCGCCUUUGGCUCGGUCUCCAAGACGGGAUGCACGUACGAGUUUGUGGACAACUUUGAAGAGCAGGGCGACGCCGAGUCAUUCCCGCUCGGCGUCGCUGUCGGCGUCGGCGCUGUCGGCCUUGUCGGCGGCCUCAUUGUCAUGUGCUCACUCAUCAUCUUCAAGGACAAGGACACGCUCGGCAAGCUGCUCGCCGCCUUUGGCUUUGCUCCCCGCCAAUAAAAAUGGCUGUUCCCCUGCGA